GAGAGAACCUCCAUUGCAAGCCAAAGGGAGAGAGAGGGAUGGAGAACAAGAUGAAUAGCAUCACCAUCUCCUUUGUUCUCCUUUUUUGUUUCUCCUCCUCCCUUGUUAGGACUCAAUCAGAUUCUUGCUCUUCCCGGCUGAAAGUUAGCAACCUCAUCCCGUUCGACACCACCACCUUCCACUGCAUCUCUGCUUGGAAUGCACAAGGCUUCAUCCUCAGGUAUGCUCAGACUGGCCAGAACCUUUGGAGUUUCAUCCUUUCAGCCCCUGAUCCGAAUUCCUACAUAUCAAUUGGAUUCUCGAGCAACGGGAACAUGGAUGGGAGCAGUGCUAUGGCUGGAUGGACUACGUCGACGGGUGGUUCAGGGAUUGCAAAGCAAUAUUAUUUGGGGGGAAAGAGCUCGAGCCAGUGUCCACCUGACCAAGGGAACCUACAGUUGGUGCCAAACAAGACAGUGGUUGUGUCACAAUCAUCACAGCUUUACCUAGCAUUUCAAAUAGCUGCCUCACAACCUAAGUCGCACCUCAUUUAUGCAGUUGGUCCACAAGGGACUGUCCCUUCGUCGAGCUACUAUCUUCCAACUCACCAGAGCCAAACUUCUACUUCCAUCAACUAUGCCACAGGGGUGGCUACUAGUGCAGGAAGUGGAUUCUCAACUAAAAGAUGGCAUGGACUGUUGACAAUUUUAGGGUGGGGAUUACUGAUGCCUGUGGGAAUAAUUAUGGCCAGAUACUUCAAGCACUAUGAUCCUAUUUGGUUCUACUCCCACAUCUCAAUCCAAGGUGUCGGAUUUGUGCUUGGUUUGGCAGGCAUCAUAGCGGGCUUCAGCCUCGAUGACAAUGGUGUAUCGAAUGUCGACACCCACAAAGCCAUUGGAUACUGCAUCUUGGUUGGUGGCAUCCUCCAGGUGAUGGCAUUUCUUAUCAGGCCUGACAAAUCUUCAAAGAUCAGAAGGUAUUGGAAUUGGUAUCAUCACUAUGUUGGCAGGGGAGCCAUAGUUUUAGCAGUGGCUAACAUCUUCCUGGGCAUAUCCAUAGCUCAUGAAUCAGGUUCAUGGACAGUGGCUUAUGUGAUCUGUCUUAUCAUCUUGGUGAUCUGUAAUAUUGUUCUUGAGGUGAAAAAGUACUUGGCCAAAGAUGAUGAUCUGUAGAGAGGGAUAGAUCUGGUUCUUUGUAUUCUUAUCAGUUGUUGCUAGUGUUGCAGAGAGAUGUGCUAUUAUCUA